CCAUCAGAGGAGCGCCUGCUAGUCAUCUCCUCACCGCCCUCCUCCUCAUCAGACCCCUCACCAGCAGAGACAGCUCUCUUUGCCAUGUUCCCUGCCGCUCUGCUGCCCCAGGACGGUCCUCACCCCAACCAGAACCGCCAGCAGCAGCAGAGGGCGGACGAGUCGAGCCGAUCCGUCCUGAACCUACUAGUGCCAGCGUCGCAAUCGGGCGCUCUGAUUGGCAAGGGAGGCCGCGUGAUCAAAGACAUUCGCGAGUCCAGUGGGGCGUUUGUGCGCAUCACUGAGGGGCCUGCCUCGCCGUUUGCACUACCAGCAGAUCGACUCGUGCAGAUCACUGCAACAGCCCCGAAGCUGGAGGCAGCGCUCAAGGCGAUUGCCAACGUACUCAA